GCGAUAUAUCAACAAUCUUCCCUUCGUACUGUCAUGCAUUACUCCAUGUUCAGUCUAGCUAUUGCCGACUUGUUUGCGGAGCGAUCGCGAUGCCUGCUUACAUUGCGAAAAAAUUCGUCGAUGGAGAUUCGAGUGAGGGAGAAGCAUGCGACAUAUUUCGCUUCACGUACUUCUUCACAGAAUACGCGUCCGUUUCAAGUCUUGUUAUGGUGAGCGUGGAAAGAGUGUUCGCACUCAAAUAUCCAUUAAGAACCUCAAAUGCAAAGUUUGGAAGCAAGAUCAUCACAUGUCUGCUCAUCGCUUGGCUUGAUGCACUUUUAGUAGCUCUGUUGCCUUUUAUCCCAUGGGAUCCGAAGAGCAAAGGUCCGUGUUCGUAUAGGCCUACGAAAUGGUGGAGUCUUCUGGUGAUUCAUAAAAAUGUGUUGGUGCCUUUACUUGUAGUCAUUAUUUGUUAUUCGUAUAUCUAUACUGUAGCACUGUCACAUAUGAAGACCAUACGCAGGGAAAAUAGACCAAGUAAAAAUUCGAAAAGUCGUUUGAAGCAGUGGAAGCAGCGCAGCAAGGCAACAACGACCAUGUUCAUUGUGAUUGGCGUCUUCAUGAUCUGUUGGAUGCCAUCGACAAUGUACUACUACGUUCAAAAUGUCUGCGAGCAUUGUUUCGACUCGUUCGUCGGCAGACAAGAGCAGAUAUUUAAUGCGAUCGUGAAAAUCAUGACGUUUGCAAAUUCUAUGACUAAUCCUGUGAUCUACUGGUACCGCAGCGGUGAGUUUCGACGCGCGUUUAAACGAAUGUGUCGAGGCUCGCUGUGCCGUUCUUUACCAUCGGGGUGGAGCUCGAGAAUUCACUCGAUACUUUCUGAGAAUCAAGAGACAUAUAAUAAAAGUGAUUCAAAUCAAUCAUGAAGUUGGCAUCAUGGAGAAUUUUUAAAGCAUGAUUAUACACAAUAAUAUAACCGUAUUGACAUCCUCGAUGUUCAGAAUUGUAUGUGUAGUACGUAGUUUUUACAUUGUACAGUACACUUCGCUCAUCUUUA